AUGGAGGAGGUAGCAACGGAUGUCAAUUUUUGCACCACUGAUAUGUUUUUCAAGCAAGCCAAUGGUUCCACUUGUUGGCCAAGAAAAACAGGAACUGGACCAGAGAUAGUCAUUAUCCCUGUGCUCUUUGGACUGAUCUUUCUACUGGGCAUGGUGGGCAACACACUGGUGUUGGUGGUCCUUGGCCGUCUCCCGCCAGGUGGACGUCCAUCCCGCAGUGCCACCAACAUCUUCAUCCUCAACCUGAGCAUUGCAGACUUCUCCUUCCUUCUCUUCUGUGUCCCAUUCCAGGCCACCAUUUACACCUUGCCGGAGUGGGUCUUUGGUGCCUUUUUCUGCAAGUGGGUGCACUAUCUCGUCAUGGCCACCAUGCUCGUCAGCAUCUUCACUUUGGUGGCCAUGUCUGUGGACCGCUACAUUGCUGUGGUCCAUGCGAAGCGCUCCCUGUGCAUUCGAAGCAAGCGGAACGCCACUCUUGGCGUCAGCAUCAUCUGGUGCCUCUCUCUCCUCUUUGCCAUCCCCGUGGCUGAGCACCAGGAAUUCUUAAACGGGCACCAGGAGGCACCCAACAGCUCUUUUUGCUGGGAAAACUGGCCUGGCCAACCAGGAGCCAAGCAGAUGUACAAGGUGACCAUCUUCGUGGUGGGUUAUCUGCUGCCUCUGGUACUCAUCACGUGCUGCUACACCAAGGUUUUAUAUCACCUUCAUAAAAAAGUGAAGAACAUUUCCAGGAAGUCAGAGAGAUCAAAGAGAAAGACGGCCCAGACUGUCCUGCUGGUGGUUGCUGUCUUCCUGAUCUCCUGGUUGCCACACCACAUCAUCACAAUGUGGGUCGAAUUUGGGCAGUUCCCGAUGAACGAUAUCACCUUCAUCUUCCGCAUCAUCUCCCAUUGCUUGGCCUACGGGAACUCCUGCAUCAACCCCAUCAUCUACGCCUUCCUCUCGGAGAACUUCCGCAACGCCUGCCGCCAGGUCUUCACUUGCAAGUUCCUCCUUCGGCCAGCCCCUGCAGAAAAGCUGGUGAGAGUUCGCAUGGAGAAUUUCUCCACCACUCACUCCACAACCAACGUGUGA